UGCUGAUUCCCAGCUCAGCCAGAGCUUGGACCACCUCCCUCGACAGCAGCCGCGUCAAUUUGGCUCUGGAGUCAAUCUCCCCUGCCAGCACGCCAUCGCCCUCAAACUCAUUGAGACUCCCCCCUCAAGCCCAACAGGCCUCCGCUCUGCUCAUCCACCCAGCCUGCCGUCCUGCGCCCGUCUGGUGCAGACUCCAAUGGCAGACCCUGCUGGGAGCUGGCAUCAUCUGCACCGCUAGCGACGCAACCGCACCCAGCCAAGUGGUCGUCUUAGCCAGUGGUCGUCCACCUGCUGCGCUUUGCUCUUGCUCGCCCGCCACACCCUGGCUGCACCCCCUCCCCUCCUCUCCUUCUCCCGCCGUGAUAUUGCAUGGACAUGAGUCCAGAUGCUGCUACGGCGCAUCCAGGGCACGGCAAUGCUGCUGCUGCUGCCGCCUCUCGCAACAGCCAUGUUUUAGCCCCUGGCCGCUCACCCCAGCACAGGCACGAUGACAUGCCGCUGUUGCAGUCUGCUGCCUCCAACGCCAGCGCCAGCGCCAGCGCCAGCUCCCGCACUCGCACUCCGGGCCGACCUUUUAUAAGCUCAGUAACCCAAGAAUCUGUGGAACCUUGGACGACGCCCCCAGAGUCAUUAUCAUCUCGGCCAGCCGCCUCGACCUCUGCUCGCCAAAGGCAGCAGCAGCUGGCAGACACCCCCCUCUCAGGGCGACCAAACAAGCCGACGCCGGACGAUGAGGCGUUUUUGACGCUCGCCGACCGCGAGAAGAACUGCGAUCGAAGGCGACCCGAGGACGAGGACCACAACCACCCCAGGUUGCCCGCCAUGGCGACCCAGACCAUCGGCAAGACCAUGACGCCCUUCAUGCGGGAGCACAUCCCGGGCCUGUACGCCCCCGUGGCCAAGUCGGGGAGCAACCACCCACCCUCGGCCUCGUCGACGAGCAUGGUACCGCCCAGGGACUCGAACAGCAAGUUCUGCUACCGUCACCGCCCCGACCUCAAGUGCCGGAGGGCCGCCGACGAGACCAAGAUGGUUUCGAUCCAGAAUUCCCUCGAGAGGCUCCCCAACGCCGACAAGCAGGCUAUCACACACGUCUGGUCGCUCUUCUCGGCGGCGCCGGCCAAGCACCGCGAUCUGAUGCUUCAGGGCAUCAUCACGCAGUGCUGCUUUCCUCAGCUCUCGACCGUCUCGCGCGAGGUUCACGAGCAGCUCAAGAUCGAUUUUGUAACCGCCCUCCCCGCCGAGAUCUCGUACAAGAUCCUGUCGUACCUAGACACCGUUUCGCUCUGCAAAGCCGCACAGGUUAGUCGACAGUGGCGUCAACUGGCCGACGACGACCAGGUGUGGCAUCACAUGUGUGAGCAACACAUCGACCGCAAGUGCACAAAAUGCGGCUGGGGCCUGCCACUGCUCGAGCGCAAGAGGUUGAAGGACUGGUCAAGGCAACAGCAAAUAGAAAAGAACAAGGCGAAACAGAUUAUCAACGGCACCGAAUACGCGCCACCGCCGCGCAUCCCGACGCCCCUCUCCCUCCGAUCACUGACACCGCCGAAGCGGGAGCGCGAGGUCGAGGAGGAGCCCUCACAGCCCAAGCGGCAGCGCUUGUCGAGGGUGGGAAGCAGUGGCGGCAGCGGGAGCGGCAAAGAGGCGGACCAGCAGACACAGGCGCAGAAGCCAAAGUCGCGGCCGUUCAAGGACGUUUACAGGGACAGGUUUCGGGUCGGAUACAACUGGAGGCACGGCAAGUGCUCCAUCAAGAUUUUAAAGGGCCACACCAACGGCGUGACGUGUCUGCAGCUGUUGGAUAAUAUUCUGGCCACGGGCUCGUACGACGCUACCAUCAAGAUCUGGGAUAUCGAUACGGGGCGAGAGCUGCGGACGCUCGAGGGCCACAGGCGCGGGAUCCGCACGCUGCAGUUUGACGAGAGCAAGCUCAUCAGCGGUAGCCUCGACAACACGGUCAAAAUUUGGAACUGGCACACGGGUGAGCUGCUGAGCAGCCUGCAGGGCCACUCGGACGGCGUUAUCGGGGUCCAUUUCGAGGGCGAGUUCCUGGCGUCGGGGUCCAUCGACACGCGCGUCAAGGUCUUCAACUUUGUCACCAAGGAAACGUUUUGCCUCAAGGGCCACACGGACUGGGUCAACUCGGUCCGGGUCGACACCGAGUCCCGUACCGUGUUUUCGGCCUCGGACGACUUCAAGGUCAAGCUGUGGGAUCUUGACACCAAGCAGUGCAUCCGCACCUUUGAUAGCCACACGGCCCACGUCCAGCAGGUGCUGCCGCUGCCGCCCGACUUUGAGCCCGACGAGAGCCUGCUGCACCCGCCCGCUGCGAGCGCCAGCACCACGUACCAGAACGGGGCCAGGUCGGCAUCCCCGCAGCACGAGAUAGACCUUUCCCCGGGUCGUCUCAGAGCAGCGUACGGCGACGCGUUUGCGGCGGACCCGACGCGGCCGCUGCCAAGCCGAUACAUGCUCUCGGGCGGACUGGACUCGACGAUCCGGCUGAUCGACACGGCGACGGGGCGGUGCCUCAAGACCUUCUUCGGGCACUUUGAGGGCAUCUGGGGCCUGGCGGGCGAUACGUUGCGGGCCGUGACGGCGGCCAACGACGGCAUGGUCAAGGUCUGGGAGCCGACCUCGGGCCGGUGCGAGCGCACCUUUACGGGCCACCGCGGCCCUGUGACGUGUGUCAGCCUCAGCGACUCGCGCAUGGCCUCGGGCGGCGAUGACGGCGAGGUGCGCCUGUACAGCUUUCACGACACCGAGGGCAUGGAGGAGCUGGGCACGCCUAGUUAGCGGGUCUGCUCUUUUCUCACUCUCUGUUUCUUUUUCCCUCUUUUUUCUUUUUCUCUCUUAUUUCUCUCUCUUUUAUCUCUCCCCCAUCUUCCUGCAUCAUAUCCUCCAAUGGCUUUAUUCUCCUAAAUGGUUCUGUGGUUACCUCGGGCAUUAUACCGGCGCAAGAAGUUUUGGGAUCAAAGGGCCACGUAGUAAUGCGCUGUAGGGACGAAAUAGACCGCUUUUUGGCAACACUCUCACGAUAGUUACUGUGUAGGCCAUUGAGAUGGAAUGCCGAACUCUGGCCGUCGAUAGGUGAGUGAUAUGCAGUCUUGACAUGCAGUCUUGACGAAUGCGGCUAAACCCAGGCCAAUCCCAGCGGCCUGGGCUGGGCUGUGCGCGGCCAGACGGAGCCCCGCUCCCCCGCAGAAUCACAAGCUGCGACGCUAGAGGC